CAUGGUUGAACCUUUUACUAUUCCCUCACUCGAUACUCAAGAACUUUCUCAAAAACUGUCUCAUGUUCGAUUUCCUCAAGAACUUGAUCAAGACCAAGAAUCAAUCGGUUGGAAAUUAGGUGCGCCUUCUUGGGCAGUAAAGGAAAUGUUAGAAAAAUGGAAGCAGUUUGACUGGGAAACAUCAAAGCAAGAAAUGAGUCGCUGGCAUCAUUACCAUACGCGUAUCCAUGACUUGAAGAUCCAUUUUGUUCAUGAACCUACUACUGCUGAAAAUGCAACACCUAUUGUUUUAUUGCAUGGUUGGCCAUCUACUUUUUAUGAAUUUCAUAAGGUGAUUGAGCCUUUACGUGAUGGAAGUGUCAAUUCUCAAGCAUUUCAUGUGGUUGUACCUAGCUUACCUGGUUAUGGAUUCUCCGAGGCACCUCAAAAAGAAGGCUGUGGUGUUAUGGAAAUGGCACGUACUAUGCAUGAGCUCAUGCUGACACUCGGCUAUGAUAAAUAUAUGAUCUUUGGUACAGACUGGGGAGCUAUUAUCGGCUAUUCUAUGGCGCAGCAAUUCCCUCAACAUUGUAUGGGAUUCUUAACAAGCAUGCCAACUGUGGGUCCUCCUUUACCUACCUUGACCAAUUUGAUCAAUCAUCCCUUUAAGGUCUUUACUUUUAUUUUCGCCAUCUUGGUUGGUAUGACUCGUGUUUAUGGUGAAUACUUUAAGAGUUUGGAGAGUACAUCCUUUGCCAAUGUGGAUAAAGACAUGGAGGCUGGUUACCGUGCUAUUCAAUCCACACGUCCAUAUACACUUGCUUAUGGAUUGACGGAUAGCCCUGUGGGUUUAUUAGGUUGGAUGUUGGAGAAAUAUCACAAUUGGACACAUUUCGAUUCUAAGGAAGCCUAUGAAACACAGGCUCUUCCUCACACAGUCUCAUCAAACGAGUUCUUGACUCAAGUCAGUAUUUAUUGGAUUACCAAUUCUAUGUCUUCUUCCAUUCGCUUAUAUUAUGAAGCCAAGAAGAACAUGUCGAAUAUUAUGGGAAGUAAAGUGCAUGUGCCUUUUGGUACCACUUAUUUUGCUGGUGAACUUAUGAAGAUUCCUCGUGAUUGGAUCGAAGCAAACACAAACCUUGUUCAACACAAGACUCAUAAUGAGGGUGGUCAUUUUGCUAGUCUUGAAGUUCCUCAUCUUGUCUCGCAAGAUAUUGCCGAAUUUGCUAAAAGAAUACGAUCUUCUGGCUCAGAAAGAAAAAAUGCAUAAAAUGUCACACAGACCUAUUUUCUUUCUUUUUCUUUUCUCAAUGAUAACAAAAAUAAAGUCUUUGCUUACCUCUGUA